AUGCCACAGUAUGAAGACAAGGCUUCAACUAUUUUAUUACAUACCGAAGUAUGUGUCGUUGUUUGGCUUACGACUGAAUUGAGUCUACGAGUAUGGAGUUCGGGUUGUCGGUCUCGUUAUCAAACUCUGAUGGGCAGAAUGCGUUUUAUGAAAAAACCAUUUUGUGUACUAGAUUUAACAGUAAUUGUCGCCACUGUCGUUACAUUAUGUUUGAACAGUCGUGGUGGAAGUGGUGUAUUUGCGGCUAGCGCAUUAAGAGGUUUAAGGUUUUUUCAGAUUUUACGCAUGUUAAGAAUGGAUGAUCGUCAUAAAUUUGAGACGUAUGCAGAUGCACUAUGGUGGGGAAUUAUAACCUUAUGCACGGUUGGAUACGGUGAUCGUGUUCCAUCAUCUAAUUUUGGAAAAUUAAUUGCUGCUAUAUGCUCAUUAAUUGGCAUUUCAUUUUUCGCUUUACCAGCUGUAAGUACGAUAUAUUUGCCUCUAUGUAAAUUUCCAUCUCUCUCUAUCAACAGGGGAUUCUGGGAUCAGGUUUUGCGCU